AUGGAAGACAACGUCCAGCCUGUACCUCGGCCGCUGGCAACCCAGCCCCCAGAUCCAGAUCCAGAUCCAGAAAAGAAAGAAUCUAUCCAAGCCGUGUCCUCGUAUACCGCACAGACGGAACCGGCCCGCCUACGACGAGGACGACAAUGGCCGAGAUACCUCAAAUACUGGAUCGGACUGGGGCCACAGGCCGGCGUUCAUGCGUCUCUGACCCAGCGGCGCACACCCCCACCACCGCCGGCGGACUCGGACAGAGACUCAGUGUGGUCCAAGAUCUGGACAUUUUUCAAGUUCCUCGGCCCGGGCGCCAUCGUCAGCGUGGCAUAUGUCGACCCGGACAACUACCAAACUGCCAUUGCGUCCGGCGGCUCGUUUCAAUACAAGUUACUCUUCAUGGUGCUGGUAUCGAAUGUGAUUGCCAUUUAUAUCCAGUCGCUCUGUAUCAAACUCGGCACCGUCACCGGCAAGGACCUGGCCCAGCUCAACCACCAAUACCUCCCGCGCUGGCUCGAGCUAGCCCUCUACGCCAUCGCCGAGGCCAGCAUCAUUGCCACCGACCUCGGCCAAGUCAUCGGCCAGGCCAUCGCCCUCAACAUCCUAAUCCCAUCCUUACCCCUACCCGCCGCUUGCGUGCUCUCCGUCGCCGACGUCCUGCUGAUCCUGCUGGUGUACAACCCGGCCGGCGAGCUGCGGCGCGUACGCGUCUUCGAGGCCCUCGUCGGCCUCCUGGUCGCGGCCGUCUUUAUAUCGCUGUGUGUGCUGCUGGCCAUGGUGUCACCACCGCCGUCAGAGGCCGGACCCGUCUUUCGCGGGUUUGUCCCCUCGCGCGAGGUCUUUGUCGACACCGGUUUGUACGAGAUGUGCGCUAUCCUCGGCGGCACCCUGAUGCCGCAUGCUCUGUAUGUCGGUACCGCGCUCUCCCGCGCGCGCCUGCACGACUUUGACGCGAAGGACUCUACCUCGACUCUUUCCUCCACCACCACCACCACCACCACCUCUUCCACCACCUCAUCCUACCACCCCUCCCUCCGCGCCAUCCGCCACUGCCUCCGGUACUCCAUCGCUGAGCUCUGCGUAACCCUCUUCACCGUCGCCGUGUUCGUCAACGCGGCCCUCGUCAUCAUCGCCGGUGCCGCCUUCUACCGGCCCCCAUCAGGAGGAGGAGAAGACACGACAGAGGAAAUCCCCGACGACCUCUACGCCCUCCACGACCUCUUCAGCACAACCCUCUCGCCCGCCGCAGGCACGCUCUUCGCCGUCUCGCUCCUCAUUUCAGGCGCCGCGGCGGGCAUCGUCUCGACCGUGGCGGGCCAACUCGUCAUGGAGGGUGCUUUUUCCCUGCGGAUUUCCCCCUUCUUGCGACGGCUGGCCACGCGGUGUGCAGCGGCUAUCCCGGCGUUGGCGAUUGCGUUGGGGGUGGGGAGGGAAGGGUUGAGUAAGGCGUUGAUAGGGUGUAAUUAUUUGUUGGCGAUUGCGUUGGUGCCGAUUACGUUUCCGUUGGUGUGGUAUACGGGGAGGACGGGGUGUAUGAGUGUGGUUGUGAGUCCGGGAGAAGGGGAUGAGGAGGCAGCGCCAGGGGAAGGGCGGGGUGCAGGACAGCGGACUGGGGACCGGGAAAGAGUGGUGGAUUUGAAGAAUAGCUGGUUGACGGCCGGUGUGGCGUGGUUGUUGUGGUUGUUGGUGGCGGUCAUGGAUGUGGCCACUAUUGUGCUGGUCGGGUUGGGCGUGACGGAACCGGAUGAUUGA